UCACUCACUCUCUUAAAACCAAAAAACCCUAGCCCCUCACCCCCCCCCCCCUUUUCCCUCCGUGCCUCACACACACUCAAGCAGUCAAUCAUGGCGACAGCAACCGGAGCAGCUGCGGCUGCACCAACAAGGGCACUGUCACAGAAAGAGCUAGACAUUCAGAUGAUGUUGGCUGCUGAGGUUCAUCUUGGCACCAAAAAUUGUGACUUCCAAAUGGAACGUUAUGUUUUCAAGCGCCGCAAUGAUGGAAUUUAUAUUAUCAACCUUGGAAAAACAUGGGAAAAGCUUUUACUGGCUGCCAGAGUUAUUGUUGCAAUUGAGAACCCCCAGGAUAUGAUUGUUCAAUCUGCGAGGCCCUAUGGUCAAAGAGCUGUCCUCAAGUUUGCCCAGUACACUGGUGCUCAUGCAAUUGCUGGAAGGCAUACCCCUGGUACCUUCACUAACCAGAUGCAGACUUCAUUCAGUGAACCUCGUCUCUUGAUCCUCACUGAUCCAAGGACUGAUCACCAGCCUAUCAAGGAAGCAGCUCUUGGAAACAUUCCAACCAUUGCUUUCUGUGACACUGACUCUCCCAUGAACUUUGUGGAUAUUGGCAUUCCCGCUAAUAACAAAGGCAAGCACAGCAUCGGAUGCCUGUUUUGGCUGUUGGCAAGAAUGGUUCUGCAGAUGCGUGGAACUAUUCCGCAAGGGCACAAAUGGGAUAUUAUGGUGGACUUGUUCUUUUAUAGGGAACCUGAAGAAGCCAAGCAACAGGAAGAGGAGGAUGCACUACCAGCUGCUGAUUAUGCUCUCCCUCCUCCUGAUUAUGGGAUUUCUGCAGGUGAAUGGGGUAGCACUAUAGCUGAUAGUCAAUGGACUACUGAUGUUGCCCAACAACCCAUUCCUGCUGCCAAUUUCUUCCCAGAACAAGGUGUUCUUUCUGGCGAAUGGGGUGCAGCUCCGGCUCCAGCUCCAGCUCCAGCUCCUGCUGCUGAACAGCUCCCAGGUGCUGAACUUGGUGUACCUCCCCCUGCUGCUGCUGCUACUGGCUGGGACGUUUAAAUUCAGCAAGAAUGCUCAUGUUUACAACUACCAUCAUUCUUGUUUACAAUUACCAUGUUUUGCACUCAGUCGAGAAUCAUGAGUUAGUUUUGUGGGGAACGGACUGUUUUUCUUUUUUUACAUUUUUGGGCUCGGUGUAGUUCUAGACGGUUAAUUUUUUUUUUAUAAGAUUUACACCGAUUUUGGCAUCUAAUAGUAAUGCUGUGUUUUGUUA